UUGGGUGUGUUAUUCAUCAGAAACUAAAACAUGAGUAACAUGACUUCCUUAAGCUCCUUAGUGCUGCUCCUUGCAGCUCUAAUUCUAUUCCCUCAAGUUCUUGCUGACUAUGAGAAGGCCCCGGUGUACAAGCCUCCCAUUGAGAAGCCACCACUUUACAAGCCCCCAAUUGAGAAACCUCCUGUUUAUAAACCUCCAGUUGAGAAACCCCCCAUUUAUAAGCCCCCAGUAGAGAAGCCACCAGUGUACAAGCCUCCAGUAGAGAAACCCCCAGUUUACAAGCCCCCAGUUGAAAAACCACCAGUUGAGAAACCCCCAGUAGAGAAGCCUCCAGUUUACAAGCCCCCAGUUGAAAAACCACCAGUGUACAAGCCACCAGUUGAGAACCCUCCAAUUUACAAACCCCCAGUUGAAAAACCACCAGUAUACAAGCCCCCAAUUGAGAAACCUCCAGUUUAUAAGCCACCAGUAGAGAAGCCACCGGUUGAGAAGCCUCCAGUCUACAAGCCACCAUAUGGAAAGCCACCAUACCCAAAGUACCCUCCAAUUGAUGACACCCAUUUCUGAAGGAUGUCAAGGGGUGUAUUAAGUAUAUGCUAAAUAAGAGGUGCUAAGAAUGUAGUUUAUAGUUUGCAAAUUAUUGCAAGGAUUGCUCUUAGCUUCUUCAUUUCAAACAUUUGUUUACACUUUACAGUGCUAUGGCAAAUAUAAGAGUAUCAUUGAUGUAGAACGGGGAAAAAAAUGUUGCUUCGUACUCCAAAUUAUGAUUAAUAGAACUUUAUAUUGAUCCUAAA